UACGAAAGUUUUGAUCCUUGAUUUUGUUUCUUCUUAUUCUGAAAUUUACUUCUUCCAAUUCUAAUUAGUUAAAAUAAAACAGUUUUCUAACAAUUAUUAUACGUAGAAUUUAAUUUAAUCAAGUUAAAUCUUCAAUUAGGAUGAUGAUAUACGAUAAAUAUCAUCGUCGCCUCUCAAAUGAUCUUUGUUUCGGUAAAUUUAUUUUCUUUCUGUUAUUGUUUUCAUCGUUACCAAAUUUGCUUUUCUGUGAUAAUCAACAAUUAAUUGCUCCAUGUGUUGGUUCAGAGCAAUUGUGCUUCGGAUUACCAUCUCAGUGUACAACUGAAUCAACUGUCCCCUGUAAACAAUUGGUCAGAAUGAUGUCAAUGUCCAACCCUAAGGACGGAAUGUUGGUUGAAAUGUUUGGUUUAAACGCUGAUCUUGGCCAUUGGUUUGCCGUUGGUUUGUCGACCGAUGGCCGAAUGGGUGACGAUAUAUUUGUCCAUUGUGAUAUCUCUCGAAGUGGUAAAUUAAGUGCUGGUGAAGGAAUAACCCGAGGACAUGCUGGUGUUACCACUUUAACUCGAGGUACAAUCGCUCGUAAUUUAACCAUAACCUCUGGGGCUCCUGAAGUACCUGAAGGUUACCUUGUUUGUCGAUGGAUUCAAAAGGUUAGCGCUUUUGUCCAUUCGAGAAGCUUUAGUAUUCUAGAUAAUCGUUAUCAUAUUCUACUGGCCAAUGGUCCAUUAACCGAUGAUGGUUCGAUCUCAUAUCACGACGAACGUUCCUCUUCACCUAAUCCCGUGAGUCUACAAAGUGUAGGUAUCGUGAUCGCCGAUACAACAACACCAACUUUAAUCCGUCUCCAUGGGACUUUGAUGACCAUCACUUGGGUUGGAAUAGUUAGUUUAGGAAUUAUUAUCGCUCGUCAUUACAAGGAAUCUUGGGAUGAGAAAACACUUUGUGGUGUAAGAAUUUGGUUCAUUUUUCACCGAAGCCUAAUGAUUUUCGCAAUAAUCUUCGCUAUUCUUGGGGUCAUUUCGAUUUUCGUUCACGUGGGUCAAUGGAGAGGAAACAGUUUACACCAAUAUCUUGGAAUCAUCUCAUCAGUUUGUAUGAUCUUCCAACCCUUUGGUGCUUUAUUUAGAUGUUCACCCGACUCUCCAAGGCGCAGUUACUUUAACUGGAUCCAUUGGGGCGCAGGUAAUAUCGCCCAUUUAACAGCAAUGGGAACCAUUUUUUCAGUGUUAACAUUGAAAUCAGUUAAAUUGCCUGAUCCUUUCUAUUGGAUUCUCGCUGCUCAUAUUGUCAUCUACGUUGCCAUCCACUUAAUUAUGCAAUGUCAUUCCGCCAUAAUCUCAUCUAAGAAACGGGUGAUCGAGGAAGCCCACGAAUCCCUCAAGUCCUAUGCGGUCACUUCGACCUCGUCCCCUAGUCCAGCAUCUCGAGUGGGUGAAGGCUUCAGGCAAUUCAUGUUGGGUCUUUACCUUGUUAUCGUAACCGUUUCAACGGUUAUCCUUGUUUUAAUAAUUUUCUUCCAAUCAAAGUAAAUCAACUGGAAAUCAACAACAAUCAAGUGAAAAAGCAAACAAUCAAUUGAUUGCUGAUCGACCAACAACAAUGAACCUUGGAUAUUUUCCUCUUUUUUUCUGUGUGUAUUUAACUUGAUUUACAAGAUAAUUUAUUUUUCGCUUAAAAAAGUUUUCUAAAUUUCAUCAACAUGAUUUACUCAUCAACUAAUCAACAAUUAAAAUGAUCAUCUCAUACCUGUGAAUAGCCAAAUGUUUAAUCAAGGAAAAAAACCAAAAACGGAUCAAGUCAAGUACAAAUUGUAAUAAUAAUGAUAACCGAUAUUGGUGGUUAAUUGUUAACGAUAAUUAACAAAUCAACACAAAUCACAAUGAUUAUAACAAUUAAGCCCCUUAAUUGUUUAUAAAAUCUGAUGUAAUUUCACCAACAUGUUAACAAACCUUGACGAUUAAUGUUUACCUUUUUUUAUCUUACCUGUAAUUUAAAUUGUUACUGUAUAUUAGUUAAUUUGUUUUUCUCAAUUGUAUCACUUAAUCAUGAUUAACUCUUCCUUGUCAUCUUGAUCACCAUCAUAAUAAUCAUCAUGAUUACCAUCAAAUUGUAUUGAUUUGAAAGGAUAAUCACAAACAUCAUCAACAACUUUUGACAACAACAAUACAAAAGCUGAUCAGCUUUUCAAUUGUCUAAUCACCUUUGUUUUUUUAAAUUGUUAUUAUUAUUAUUGUUACCUGUAACUUUUUUUGAUUAACUGUAUUGUUAAUCACUCACUUUCGAUGAGUAAAUUGUUAAUAUAAACACAUUGAUUAGUUUUUUUAGAUCUGCAGAUGAAAAAUGAAAAAUGAGAACUGAAAAUGUAUCAACAAAAAUAUCAACUUUUCCAACAUGAAUCAAGUGAAAAGAUUUUAUUAUUAAUUGAUUAUCAGUUAAAUUUGUUGUUUCUCUUGCAAUUUAAACUGAAUUAGGAUUAAGGUGACAAUCGAUAAAUCAUUUUCUACUGAUAUUUAAUCAAGAGGAAACCCAGUAAUCAUUUAAAUUGGUAUCGGAAGAGCUGAUGUAAA